AUGGAUCCAAACUCCAUCUUGCUUUCUUCUCAGUCUGGGACCUGCUCCCACCUGGAAGAACCCUGUGUGGAUGGUGAGAGAGGCCCAGCCUCCCAAGGGCUGGAGAGAGACUUCCCCUUUCCCUGGGGCCACACCUCUGGCUCUAGCCUCACUGAUGUCAACUGGUUUGGGGAUGAGCACAUCCAGGCCAAGAGGGCAAGAGUGGAGACCAUAGUCCAAGGCAUAUGUCUCUCCCCCAACCCCCUGGUGCCAGCCAAUCCCCAAACCAGGGACGGCCCAUGCUGCCCAGAGAAGGCCCGGGAGCGGAAGAGGAAGCAGAGUCUUCCCAUGCAGCAAGGCCUCCUGAAGUCAGGCCCUGCUUGGGGCAACAGGAAAGGGGGCCCCCGGGUGAGAGAACAACUUCAUCUGCUCACGCAACAGCUGAGACAUCUGCAAGAGCACAUCCUGCAGGCUGCUGAGCGCAGGGCUGCAGCUCAGGGCCCCAGAGGCUCUGAGCAGGGGCAAGGCCCGCGGAGAACAAAGCAGAGGAAUAGCUGUGAGUCUAGCCCCUGGGCUAUGAACAGUGACCGCCACCAGGAUUCUAGCAAGGACCUCUGUGGGGCAGAAAAACACAGAGUGUCUGAGGCGGAACACCAGUCUGAGGAGCUCAGAUUUCUUUCUUCUGGAACACAAGCUUCGUUGGAGAUUCUGAGGAAAGAACUGACCAGGGCAGUGUCCCAGGCUGUGGACUCAGUUUUACAAAAGGUGCUUUUGAAUCCACCAGGACACCUGACCCAGCAGGACAGAAGUUUCCAGCAACUAGUGCCAGAGGGCAGAAGAGAGCCCUCACCUCCUGUGGGAGGUACAUAUAAAGAUCUGCUUGCUCUGGCCACCUUGCCCAGAAGGGCCCAGCCACAAGCUGGGGUCCCUAUGGGAAACUUACCACUGGUCAAGCCUCUAGAUUCUCCUAGGUACCCUAUCUCUCCAAGAAUCUCCAAACCCUAUCAGGGUCCCCUCGAAAACUGUCCCUUGGCUAUUCCUUCCCAUGUCCAGGAAAAUCAGAUUCUUAGCCAGCUACUGGGUCAUGAACCCAAAGGCUAUUGGAGCAACAACCCUCCACUGGACUCAUCUCCCCAAAGUCACCCCUCCUUAGCGUCUGCUCUGCAACCUUGGGUCUGGAGCCAAAAGCAGUGCCCUGUGCCUUUCACCAUGGUCCCCCGUCUGGAGAGCCGACCCCUCCUUCCCUCUGUGAAGAUGGAGCAGGGCAGCCUGGACACUGUCACAGAUGCACUUCCUUUUUCUUCUGUGUAAAUCCAGGAAGGACUGAACCCUGGUCACUUGAAGAAGGCCAAACUAAUGUUCUUCUUCACACGGUACCCCAGCUCCGGCCUCCUGAAGGCUUAUUUCCCUGAUGUCCAGUUCAACCGCUGCAUCAUCUCUCAGAUGAUCAAAUGGUUCAGCAACUUUCGUGAGUUUUAUUACAUCCAAAUGGAAAAAUUUGCCCGGCAAGCAGUUUCAGAUGGUGUUACAAAUUCCAAAGUGCUGGUGGUUCUCCGUGAUUCAGAACUUUUUCGAGCCCUCAAUAUGCACUAUAACAAGGGAAACGACUUUGAGGUCCCGGAUUGCUUCUUGGAAACUGCCAGCUUGACGUUGCAAGAGUUCUUCAGGGCUGUCUCCACAGGGAAAGACUCAGAUCCUUCCUGGAAGAAACCCAUUUAUAAAAUUAUUUCCAAACUGGACAGUGACAUCCCAGAGAUAUUCAAAUCUUCCAGGUAUCCCCAGGAGGUGUUUCGGAGCUAA